AUGCAUCUCACCACCGCCCUACUCUUAGCAGCCACAGUCACAAGCUACCUCAGCACCGUCUCCGCCGCUUCCAGCACCAGCAAUAGCAUCAGCACAUCCUCUAAACGCGGGCUCGUCUUCGUACCCAGCACCAAGCACCCCUCCGACAACCAAAUCUGGGUCCGCUCCGGCUCAGACCUAACCUGGUACUACAACUAUGGCACUGCCGCCUCCCCCGCCUACUCGAACCUCACGCAAGAAGAAUUUGAAUUUGUGCCCAUGCUCUGGGGCUCCUCGACCACCUUCUUGUCCGAUGUCAAAUCUUUGGUGUCUGGCGGUCGCAACAUUACUCAUAUUCUCGCUUUCAAUGAACCAGAUGGGUCUUCUUCUACUGGGGGCUCGCAAAUCCUGCCUGCGGCCGCGGCGGCGUUGUGGAUCGAUCAGGUCGAGCCUCUACGCGCCAUGGGGAUUAAAAUUGGGGCGCCGGCUGUGACGGGAGGACCUUCCGGUUGGACGUGGUUGAGCAGCUUUUACAAUGCGUUUUUGAAGGGUUAG